AUGGUCAGACCUAUCAUUGCUCCAAGUAUCCUUGCAUCUGAUUUUGCCAAUCUGGGUUGUGAUUGUCACCGUGUGAUAAACGCAGGUGCUGAAUGGCUUCACAUCGACGUCAUGGACGGCCAUUUUGUUCCUAACAUCACUCUGGGCCAACCAAUUGUGAAGUCAUUACGUAAAGCCGUUCCUAGACCAACUGACUCUACUACUGAUAAACCAAAGGCAUUCUUUGAUUGUCAUAUGAUGAUAGAGAACCCGGAACGUUGGGUUGAAGAUUUUGUUGCCUGUGGUGCUGAUCAAUUUACAUUCCAUUACGAGUCGACUAAGGAUCCAUUAGCCCUUGUUAAAUUGAUUAAAUCCCAUGGGAUUCGUGCAGCAUGUGCUAUUAAACCAGGUACUCCUGUGGAUGUGCUAUUUGAAUUGGCUCCUCAUUUGGAUAUGGCUCUAGUGAUGACCGUUGAACCAGGUUUUGGUGGACAAAAAUUCAUGGUUGAUAUGAUGCCUAAAGUAAGUGCCUUAAGAGAAAGAUUCCCUCAAUUGGAUAUUCAAGUCGAUGGCGGGUUAGGUAAAGAAACUAUCCCACAAGCUGCAGAUGCAGGUGCUAAUGUCAUCGUUGCUGGUACUUCUGUAUUUACAGCUCAGGACCCUGUUGAUGUCAUCUCGUUCAUGAAGUCCAAGGUCCAUGAUCAACUGGAUAAGCGUGGUGUUCUUACCGAAUAA